AUGACCUAUAACACUACGCACCUGCCUUUGCAGUCACGAUCUCGCUCGAACGAGGGGAACCAGGCUGCCAUGGCGGAGCAGUCGCAGCAACAGAAUAUCACGGCAUCUUAUGGACAGCAGUAUACCAUACAGGGGCAGCAACAGGGGGGAUAUCAAAAUGUGCAGAACGAUCCAGGAUGGACUCAGCGAGUCUUGGAAGAGAUGAAGGACUUGCUUCUCCUGCUAAACGCUCAGGGUCGCAUCACCUACGCGUCGCCCUCCUCGAAAUCGAUCACCGGUCGUCCAGCGAAACAACUCGAGGGCAGUCUCUUUACACAGUUUAUUCACGAGGACGAUAAGCCUAUCUUCUUGAGAGAUAUGGACGACGCGGUGGCGACAAAUAAACCGUUUCGAACGCAUGUGCGAUUACAAAAGUCGAACAGCGCGUACUCCCUAGUCGAAACAUACGGCCACCCACAUAUUGCAAGCGAGGACGGGUCACGGGGGAGGAAUACCACCAUUCAGGAACGCUGCACGGGCUUCUUCAUCAUGUGUCGACCCUACCCCACAAAGAACUCCCUGCUUCUCGACUCGUUCCUGGAGCACAAGAUUGAGAAUGCACGCUUGGUACAGCAGAUUGCCAAGCUGAAGCAGGAAGAGGACAAAGAGGCAAAUCUGUCUCGUCUGUCCUAUCCAAAGAUCGAAGAGAAGUUACUCGAGGCUCAAGCUGCUGCCCAGGGAAGUGGCAGCGAUCAGGAGUCGACCGAGACCGUCGCGCCCAACUCCGAUGAGUCUGACGGAGCCCUGGGGGAUUACUUUUCCGAGAAUGCCCCUCGCUCGGAAGGUUUGUCUCAUAUUGAUGGCAUCGAGGUGAUGACCGGUCUAUACUACGGUGAUGGUGAGAGAUCUCAGGGGCUUAGUACCGGUCUGCGCCGAGGCCGACUGAUUCAGUGUGAUAUUGAUAUCACUACUGCGGCCGACCAAGCCCGCAAUGUUCAAGAGGGUGAUAGGCGUAAGAGGCUGAAGGGACAGCACGUUUGCAGUGAUUGUGGGACGGCCGAUUCCCCGGAGUGGAGGAAGGGCCCUAGCGGUCCUAAGACGUUGUGUAAUGCCUGCGGCUUGCGCUGGUCCAAAAAGGAGAAGAAGCGUCAGGAGUCUACUUGA